UUACUUCCUUUGUCAGCAGCACGCGCUCACUUUAUCACGUGACUUUCCAACUUUAUGUCAAUUCGUCUUCGUGUGAUGAGACAGUGAAAGUGAAGCCGUUAGUGUCGCCAGGUCCACCAAAAUGGAGGGCUUAACACUCCUUUCUUUGCUGUUACCGUUGCUGCUUUUCGACACUGGCGACGCCAAAUACGAACCGAACUGGAAAUCCAUCGACUCCAGACCAUCACCUGAAUGGUUUGACCAAGCCAAGUUUGGGAUCUUUAUACACUGGGGGGUUUUCUCUGUCCCGAGCUUCGGCAGCGAGUGGUUUUGGUAUUACUGGCAGAAGCAAAAAUUCCAGCCGUAUGUCGACUUCAUGAGGAAAAAUUAUCCCCCCGACUUCAAGUAUCAAGACUUUGCUCCACAUUUUACUGCCGAGUUCUUUAAUGCCAAAGAAUGGACAGAUAUCUUUGCCUCAUCUGGGGCAAAAUAUAUCGUCCUGACGACCAAACACCAUGAAGGUUUCACAAUGUGGGGUUCAAAAACCUCAUGGAAUUGGAAUGCAGUCGAUGUUGGACCCAAAAGGGACCUGGUGGAUGAAGUGGCGACUGCUCUCCGUGCCAACAGUGACCUACGUCUAGGGCUGUACCAUUCCCUCUUUGAGUGGUUCAACCCGCUCUUCGAACAGGAUGCCGCCAAUAAGUUCAAGACAAACUAUUUCCCGACCAGUAAAUCCCUGCCAGAGCUUUAUGAGCUCAUCCUCAAGUACAAGCCGGAGUUGCUGUGGUCUGAUGGAGACGGAGAUGCACCUGACACUUACUGGAACAGCACAGGUUUCUUAGCGUGGCUCUACAAUGACAGUCCAGUGCGAGAAACUGUGGUGACAAAUGAUCGGUGGGGUUACGGCUCCAUCUGCAACCACGGUGGGUAUUACACCUGCUCCGAUCGCUACCAGCCAGGACACCUGAUCAAACACAAAUGGGAAAACUGCAUGUCCAUUGACAGAAGGUCCUGGGGUUAUAGACGUGAAGCUCCGCUCAGUGACUACCUCAGCACAAAGCAGCUUGUGGCGACCUUAGUAGAGACGGUGUCCUGUGGUGGAAACCUGCUCUUGAACGUUGGUCCAACGCACGACGGACGAAUCGCGCCCAUCUACGAGGAGCGUCUGCGGCAGGUGGGUCAGUGGCUGAAGGUGAACGGAGAAGCCAUCUACAACACGACGGCGUGGCGAGCUCAGAACGACAGCGUCACUCCUCAUAUCUGGUACACUUCCAAACCACAGGAAAAGGCCAUCUUUGCCCUGAUGCUGGAGUGGCCCAGUAACGGAACUGUGAUUCUGCAUGAACCUGUGGCUACACAAGGACAGACUCAGGUGGUGCUCCUCGGUGUCGGGACUCUGCCUUGGCAGCCUUUGAAUCCCAGCGGGGGACUGACGGUCCUGCUGCCCCCGCUGCCCUUCAGCCAGAUGCCAUGUCAGUGGGCCUGGACACUGAAGCUGACAGGUGCCGCUUAAAGGGAAACCAGAUCACUUGAGGAGGCCAGACAGAGCCGGAGGACCCUGGAGGGAAACUAGCUUUUUAUGUUUAAAUCACUGAAGACCAACUGAAUGACAUACGGGACAAUCAAAGAGUGAGGGCAAAAUGUGUGCACUAUAGUGUAAUUUUAGCUUCUUUUUUUUUUUUGGUUUUUAUUGAAUGAUUAUGUAGGUAAAUGGAGACCAAAUACACUAUUUUAUGCUGCUUCAUGUUCUAGCUGUACUUUAACUUUGGGAACAGGUUCCAUAACAUGGGUUUAGUAGUAACAGGGAACCAUGAGACAACAUUGAUUUUGUCUGCUCAUCUGUGAUGAUUGUUUUCUUUAUUUUUUUUUUUUACAUUUGAUUUUUAUAAUGAUGAAUGUAGUAGUGUUUGUGUUUGAAUGUGCUCAGGGAAAACAUUGAAAUAAAAUGAAUGAUGAUUUAAUGA